AUGGCCGGCGGCAACCUGUUCGGGCGGGCGUUGAGCUACGUUGUCAACGAGUUCCUCGUCGAGGGCCUCGCCAACAACCGUGCAUUCCAGAGGUUUGCUGUGAAGACCAACAGGACUCUUGAGAACCUAUCGUCUAAAGCUAAGGAAGUGAGGGAGGAGUUAUCAGAGCAAUUGAAGGAAGCUCGUGGUGAGAAAGAUCACUUCAAGCAGUGA